AUGCGCCUUUGUCUGGCCCGGCUGCCGAGCUAUUUGAGGAAAGUGGAGACGGCUUUUGUGUUUCUAUCUCCCGUCAGAGCCGCUGACAAGCGAAGUGACGUGACAUUCGUGGUGGGCCGGGAGCAGCAGAAAGUGUUUGCGCACCGCUGCGUGCUGGCGUGCCGCUGCCAGGCUUUCCAGGGGAUGCUCGGCCAGGGGCUGGCAGGCAGCGAGGACCCCCCUGGCAGCAUCCCACCCCAGGGCCCCUUCGUCCUGGGCAACGUGCAGCCUGAGGUCUUCCUGGCCGUCAUCGAGUUCCUCUACACCAACAGCGUCACCCUCAACAGCCACAUCGCGCUGGAGGUGCUGACCUCGUCAGUGGAGUAUGGCCUGCAGGACCUGUGCAAGCUCUGUGUCAAGUUCAUCAAGGACACACUGAGCGUGGAGCAGGUCUGCGAGGCUCUGCAGGCUGCAGUGACCUAUGGGCAGGCAGACCUCCAGCAGCACUGCCUGGCCUUCAUCGAGGGCUGCACCGCGGUAUGGCUGCGGGUGAUGGGGGAGCAUGGCACGGGUACCCUGGGGCAUGGGGAGCACCAGGGGCACAUGGCAUGGGACACCCUCGGUGUCUGAGGCAUCACUGGCCUCAUCUGUCACGUCCUGCAGGCUGUCUUGGAGCGCCCAGUGCCCGAGGUGGCCGCCCUGCCUGUGAGGGAGCUGCGUCUGCCCUUGCUGGCACCCAGUGAGCUGGCAAUGCUGGAGAGCCACAACCAGCGGGACCUGCUCAUCCCAGUGGAGAGCAUCGCGGCAGCCUGGCGGUCCCACGCACUGAGGAAGGGCAGUGGGGGCAGAGCAUGA